UCUAUUAAUAGAACAACAUAACCGAGUGAAUGGAAAAAGAGAUUAAGUAUAAACAGUCCUUGCCGGGUUAGAUCUCAUCUACUUAGUUCGUAAGUUGACGCUUUCGCUUCACAUUAUGUUAGGAGCCAGGGGAGCAGGAUUUUCGUGAGAUUAGGUACCCUAUCUCUGGUGCAGAAGCCCACUAGGCAUGUGCCUAUAGGGAGGUGAGUACCUAAAGCGCCUGGGCUAACGUGCUAGGCAGGGAGGCCUAAGUGAGUAGUUGCAUUCGCUACCACACAACGCUCGAGUCAUUACUAGGUAUAACAUAAGCCUCCUUGACUCCUUGUAAUUAUAAAUACGUGGGAAACGCUUCUUUUGGGCGUUGGCGUCCAGAGGUAGCUAGAAGAUACAGACCCCUGCCAGCUGAGAAAGAAGAAGUAUGACCUAUACCGUUGUGGCGCUCCUACGGCGCAAAGAGGGCAUAUCCUCAACGCAAUUCCGCAAGCAUUAUGAUACCGUUCACCUUCCACUCCUCAUAUCACUCCUUGGAUCGGCUAUGCCCUUGACGCACACACGCUACUACGUUUCCCGAGAGACGCCAACUAUGCAUUGGUCUGUCGAGCCAUUAACCACACUCAAAAGAUCAGCGGCCGUGGGCGAAGAAUUCCCUCCGGCAAUCAUGUAUGAGGGGAGCUUGGAUGAUGUCGCGUUUGAUUCGCUGACUGUGAUGGUUUGGGAAGAUAAGGAAUUAUUUGACACCUUCAUCAGAAUCCUUCUCAGCAAAGAUGUAGCCGAGAAGAUCGGUGAGGAUGAAGAGAAUUUUCUCGACCGGGGAAAGAAAGUGGUGUUUUCAAUCACGGAUUCGGUUACGAAACGUGCGUGAGCAUACCUGGUGCGGAUUAGGGGCCGUUGGGAGUCUUGCCAUAGUGAAUAAUUUAGGUACUGCCUAAGACCUACUUAGGUACGGCUUAACAGACGAUCUGAGCUGUCAUAAAAUCCUCGCAAAUUCGUCAGCGGAGGGGGUACACCCAC